CUGCUCCAGGUCUGACCUCCUGGGUAGAGUGCGGAUGUAAGCUUGUAGUUCAGAAUUAUCUUCGUCCAUGUCGGGGUUUGGAGGAGUGGGGACCUGCGAUGAGAGAGUUGGAGUAGGUGGAAUGCUGUAUAGGAGUGCCCCAUUAUGUGUAGGCUAAAAAAUAGGCAGAGGGUUUGCGGAGGGAGGAGAACAGGUGACAAAACGAAGAUGGAAAAAUCCAUGGAACACAGGGCUUCUGAAAGCCAAAUCAGCAACCUGUGACGAGAUGAUCUGCAGGUGCCGACUGCAAUGAAGGGUCUGGGGGAUGCCCGUGGCCGGCACCUGUCCGGAAACCUGGACUCACAUUCAGACUCUUUAUAUGUCCAACCAGAGCGGACCCCUUAUCUGAUCAGCUCCACCGAGGCCUACCCUCCGGAACCUCGGUACCCCGAUAAUUCUUUGCACCCUGACUGCCUAUACCCUCUCAACAACCAGCUUUCAAACAGUAGCACCUUUCCCCGAAUUCACUUUAAUUCCCAUUAUGAACCUCCUGAGGAGACUCCACCAUAUCCUACCCCCCAUGCACCACCUGCCAAAAUCAACCGCCUUCCUGCCAGCCUUUUGGACCAAUUUGAGAAACAGUUGCCCAUUCACAGAGACGGUUUUAGCACUCUACAGUUCAAACGGGGUGACCCAGAGGGAAAGGACCGCAGCGAAAGUCCCGGACGCAUCCGGCACCUUGUCCACUCGGUACAAAAACUCUUUGCGAAAUCCCAGUCCCUUGAGGGUGGUGGAAGGGCCAGUGUGAAUGGAAAGAAGGGGUCAUCCGAGGAUACUAAAGGAACAAAACGGAGUAAAAGCAAAGAACGUGGCAAGGGGGAUGGAAAAGGUCAAGCCCCUCCUCGAGGAGGAGGGGUCUCUGGCUGGUGGAGCUCAGACGAUAACUUGGACAGUGAUACGGGCAGCUACCGUAACCCGGCAGGCAUGAUGACCCUUGGAAGGCGCCCAGAUCACGGAGCAAGACACUUUUUGAGCGGGUAUAACACUAUCAGCGAAAGCAUGUUAAAGGCGUCCAAAAGCAAUAAUGACCUCAAAUUCACACCCUUCCAGCCUCCAUCCCUCACCCUAUCCCCUCUGCCUACACCCCAUGAGGUGGUCCCUCCUAACUCGACGGCCUCACUGAAGAGAGGGUCUUGGUCAACACUGACACUGAGUCACGCCAGAGAGGUGUGUCAGAAGGCAUCAUCAACCAUAGACAAAGCAUUACUGAAGUCCAAAUCUUGUCACCAGGACCUCAGCUACCAGUAUCUGCAGGUACCAAGCGGGGAGUGGGCUGGAGGCCCAAUGAAGGGUGAGGACAUCCCAUGCCGGCGAAUGCGCAGUGGAAGCUACAUUAAAGCUAUGGGGGACGCGGACAGCGAGGACUCAGAAGGAAGCCCACAACCAUCCCCAAAAACUGCAGCUAGGAGGCAGAGCUACCUCAAGGCCACACAGCAGUCGCUGAGCGAGAGCACCACGCAGAGAAGUCUGGACCGUGUGGACUCCAUGGAUAUCCUGUCUCCCCCAAAGUUCUCCAGUUGGGAAGAAGAUUACAAUCAGCUAACGGAGAGUGUAACAGAAGAGAGCAGCAUUUGCCAGGAUAAUGAACCACGCUGCAUCCUACAGUACCAAACAGACGAAUCAGAUGACCAGAGGGAAAGGUACCAGUUAUGCCAGGUGACAGAAGAGCAAAGAGAUCGGUAUACUUUGUGUCAAGUUCCUGAAGAGCCAAUGGAAAGAUACUCGUUAUCACAAGUUCCAGAGGAGCCUUGUGAGAGAUUCCAACUUUGCCCAGUUGUAGAGGAAGAGAGAGAACGAUAUCCAUUGUGCCAGGUGCCCGAGGAGCCAAGGGAAAGGUACCCUUUGUGCCAGUUACCUGAGGAGGAAUCAGAAGAGUACCCCCUGUCUCAGGACCUUGAGGAGCAGAGUGUGCGGUAUCCACUGACGAUAGAAGACAAGAGAGAGCGUUACCCUCUGGUUCAGGCCGUAUUUGGAGAUCCUGAAUCAACCCAGACUGAGCCUUUCGACCUUCAUCUUCCCAAUUUCUUCCGCUCACGCAGUCACAGCUACCUCCGUGCCAUACAGGCUGGCUGCUCCCAGGACGACGACACCAUAUCCCUGCAGUCCAUGUCACCCCCAUUCCCUAUCAUCAGCCGGACCCUUCCCAGACACAUUGGCUCCUCUUGUCUGGUGGGUUACAAGAAGACCCCCCCGCCGGUGCCCCCUCGCACCACCUCCAAACCCUUUAUAUCUGUGACUGUACAAAGUAGUACAGAGUCUGCCCAGGACUCUUACCUGGAUGCACAGGAGGGGCAGAGUGAAGGCAACAGCCAGUCGGGGCUCAGCACAUCCACUGAGAGUCUUGAGAGUACCCGGGCACCCAGUGUUACCCGUAUUGGCCCCCCGACCCCCAUCCGGCAAAUCCCUCCUGAAGUCCCCCCAAAAAAUGCAGCCGUAAAAAUUGUCAGAGAAGAGCCUCGUGCCCCAGACCCCCUCCCUAAACGCAAGCUAUCCUCCAUUGGAAUUCAGGUGAGAAAAGUGGAUAGUAUACAACCAGUGCCUAUUCCUGAGCCGCCCCCUCCUGCCAGAUUUCAGUCCAUUGGGGUCCAGGUGGAAGAGGAGUGGAGGAAUAGCCGCUCCAGCAGCAUGACAUCCAAGCAAGAAACGGACUCUGACACCCAGGAGCCCAGCAAUUCGUCUGACAAGAGUGUUCCGGACUGCCCGCCGCCCCGCCAGCCUACACCAGGCCCUCCAGUACCCCUCCCUAAAAAGCACCUCUCCUAUGGAGAUGGUGGGGAAAUGGAGGCAUCUGCCCUUCCUCCUCCUGACCCCUGGCUGGACUCUGCAGCCUCCCCCCCUUCUUCAGAGCCAGCCCAGACAGGAGCUUGCCGCAGGGAUGGACAUUGGUUCCUGAAGCUCUUGCAGGCUGAGACAGAAAGACUUGAGGGCUGGUGCAAACAGAUGCAGAAGGAGACUGGUGACAACAGCCUUUGUGAAGAAGUGAUCGGGAAGCUUCUCAGUGCUGUCGGCAGUGCCCAGCUUCUGAUGUCACAGAAAUUCCAGCAGUUCCGUGGCCUGUGUGAGCAAAAUCUGAACCCGAACUCCAACCCUCGCCCCUCAGCGCAGGACCUGGCCGGAUUCUGGGACCUUCUUCAACUUUCUAUAGAAGACAUUAGCAUGAAAUUUGAUGAACUCUUCCAGCUCAAGGCCAACGGAUGGGUAUUGAGCGAAACUCCUGAUAGAAAUGAAGUAAAGAGGCCCCCUCCCCCUGUGCCAAAGAAGCCAGCCCGGCCCAAGCCCCCGCUGAGUCGCGACAAGACCCCAGGCGCCUCCAACAGUGACAAACAACGGCAAGAAGCCCGCAAAAGGCUGAUGGCAGCCAAACGAGCAGCCUCGGUGCGCCAGAACUCGGCAACCGAGAGCGCGGACAGCAUCGAGAUCUAUGUGCCAGAGGCACAGACGCGGCUCUGAGUGAUGGAGCCUCCCGUGCCAACUAUGGGAAAACGGAGGGCAUUGGCAGACGUAGACUUGCUGAGAGACUAAAUUGGGAGACGAAUGGGAGGAAGGCACAAGAGCACGUUCGGUCUAGGCUGCGUAUCCUGGCAGUGGCGUGCUUCUGCGAGGAGAGCGCCACGGAGAGCGUGCUGGAACUUUUCAACUAAAUAUUCUUAAAAAAACAAAGGAGCUUUUUUUUUUCAUGUCUUUUGUGGGGAAGAGACCCAAAGUGGAAGAUAUUCAGAAGGGGUAUACCUGUUAUGCAGCCUCCACCCCACCACCCCUCCCCCCACACUUUCCUCUCCUUGUAUGGGCCGAGGCAAUAAGGCGCCCCAAAAUCUACACAAUUGCACAAAGACUGCACCCUGGUUUUGGAUGGUAUGCCAUCUUUGUAUCACCCUCCCCCUUUUUGUCUGUAUAAGUAGCACCUAUUGCAAUAAGGAACAAACUCCACCCUUAGCAUCCCUCUUCCUCCUUGAGCGGGAGCAUGCAGAUUUGUACGGUGGUUUUGAUAAACGCUCAGCUCAUACAGACCCCAAUUUGAUGUGAUGAGGAUAGAACAAGGAGCUUGCAAUGCAUUGUUCUGCACACACAGCGGAAAGUAACAUUUUAUUAAUGCAGUGCUCUGCUCCCAGUAGAGGGCAGCAGUGAGCAGCUUUUGCACACUGGCAGGCUCUGCACUGCAAUGUGUUGCUGAGAUUACAUUCCCCCCCCCUGUUAUUUUUAAUGCUGAUUUUAGGCACAUCUAUAAAAUGGAGACAAGAGUAUUGUAGAGUUUGUUUACCAGGUAGGCCAGCGACUGAAUAUUAAACAAAGCACACUGUACUAUA